AUGCAUUGAGUUAAAAUACCCCAUAGUUGGGUUUAAUGUUGGGGUAUUUUUAACCCAACUAUUUUAUCAGAGUAUGAAAAAUGCACAAAUACAAUCCCAAUACAGUAAAAAGAAUUAAAUUGGAAAACACAUGUAGGGGUAUAUACAUCAUCACAAAUUAAAGGAAAAUAUUACAUAAUUUACAAAUUUUACAAGUUCUCCCCUGUAAAAUGAUGACGUGAUGCUGGGUUAUGGCGUCAUUCACAGAAAGUAUGUAGGCUAUCAAUAAGGAAGUUAAAGCGCCGGUAGUUCCCCUUUACUAUAUGAGAACUACGAGUGGAUCCAACGUGUGCUAACAAGUUCGUGUCUGGACAUUUUGGCUGAUUUCUGGUCGCCGAUGUGGAAUUUGAAGCACCGUUUUCUUACCGGAACGAGUUAAAAACUGAACAGUAGUGAAAAACAACAAAACGAAAAGAGAGGAUGGAUGUUACUCACCUGACGGAGGACGAAAUGGCCGAUAUAAAGAAGGAAGCCAUAGAAAGGUUGCGACCGUACCUGGUGGAUAAGAUCAUCGCCGACCGUCACUUUGAUUAUCUGCGCUCGAAGAAGAUCCUGACCAGGGAAGACACGGAGGAGAUCAGCUGCAGGACCACCAGAGGGAAACGCACCAGCAAACUGCUGGACAUCCUGGCAGAAAACCCUCGCGGCCUGGACAUGCUCAUCGAGUCCAUCAAAUGGGGCCGAACGCUCAACUUUAUCAUCGCCAGGAUCACAGACGAGGUGCAGCGGGUCAAAAACGAGCGCCUGGAGGCUUUAAAAGCGGGGUCCAACUCGGCUUACCCGACCACAAAAGGAGCAACCAAUGACUUCUCCAAAAUGGACUCGGACUAUGAUAAAUACUCCACUAUGUGUUUACAUCCUGAAGGCGAAGCCAGUUCCUCGUCCUCUGUGGCGACGGGAUCCUUUAACCUGCGCUACAGCUCCACUCGGGGGAACGAGGCUCUAAUGGUGAGUGGAGGUUCGGGUACUAUGAACGUCUCCAGCACAUCAUCGAUCCUUCCUAAACCAGGAGACCCCGGAGCUCCAGCCCUGCCCGAGGAGAUGGAAAACGACGAGCAAGACAUGGACGGCGGCGUAUGUAAAAGUGCUGGAAGUAGCGGAGAUGCUAACUUCCAGCCGCUACGAUCGCGCUCUUUGUCUCCGUAAACGUCAUAGAGAAAACACCAUCAGGGUGUGAAUAGGCAUUGGACGAUAACCGGUUUCAGAGUUUACCGCGGUUUGGAAAAGUCUGUUUUAAAAACUGCUAAAAUUUGAUGUUAUAUCUGGUCAGCCCGCGAUUCAGCAAACUAUUUAUUAUAGUUUAUAAGUUUACUAAGGCAGCACGGUGGCGCAGUGGGUAGCAUUCUCGCCUCACAGCAAGAAGGUCUCUGGUUCGAGC